AUGAAGAUAAUUGUAUAUAUUUGCAUUUGGGCAGCAGCAUGGGCUAUUCCGAUUCCUCAAAUCAAACCAUUGGCGAGACAUGCUGUUGACAAAUCUGUGAAUUUAAAUCUUCUAGCAAAAUUGGAAGUGCCAAUGCAGGAUGAGUUAAAUGCCAAUGAUACCACCAAAGAAAGUGAUGUCCCCAUGCAUGAGAAUGAAAUAGGAAGGCCACAGUAUACAGAAGAUGGUUACAAAGGAGAGAAAAAUGGCUCUGAGGGGGCAGAAGUUGGAGGGGAAAGUUUUUCUACACAUCCCAUGUUAGGAAAUGAAGAGAGGAAUCCCAAGGAUCAGAACGGGAGCACAGGAAAAUCAGAAAUAUAUGGUCAUGAUGGGAUACGUGGGAAAGGAGAAAGCACCACAGCAAAUGGCACCAGGAGGCAAGUAAGCAUUAUCGACAAUACUGGAGCAUCGAAUGGGAGCAAUAUUCAUGAGAAUACUGAAAAUAAUUCAACAAAUGAGGAUGUUGGAGAUGCAGGUCAGAGUGAGGAUGCCAUUGUUGUCAAACAAGAUGCACAUCAAGUAGCUAGAAGUGAUAACAGUACAGGCCAUGAAGAUGGGAUAAAUGGGAGUUUCUGUCAAAAUGAGGGUAAUACUAGUGAAAUAACACCUCAGAGAGAAGGUGAGAGAAAUGGUAAUAAGGAGGCAGAGGUGACACCAACAGGAAGUGGAGCUGGCAAUGGAGAAGAUGCUGGCCCGGAUAAUUCUGAUGGGAGUCCUAGCGGGGAUGGAGCAGAUGAGGAUGAAGACAGGGGCUCUGGUGGUGGCGAAGGUGAAGAAACAGGAAAUGGAAAAGAGGGCACUAAUAACAAAAAGGGCCAGGAGGGUCAGGGUCAUGGAAAAGAAGAUGAUGAUGACAACAGCUUAGGUCAAAAUUCAACUAGUAAUGAAGAUAAUGAUCCUGAAGACAAAGGAGACCCCCAUGACGUGGAUGGACACAAUGCCUCUAAGAGUGAGGAGGACUCUGACGAUAUUCCUGAAGACACUAAUAGCCAAAGAAUAGAGGACACCCAAAAACCCAACCACAGAGAAAACAAUGGUGUGGAAUAUGGAAUCACCAAAAAAUCAGAGCCAAGUACUAAUGGGAAGAGCCAAGAUAAGGGAAUAGAAAUUGAAAGUCCCAGCAGUGGCAACAGAAACAAUAUUACCAAGGAAGCUGGGAAAGUCAACGAAGAUAAAGUGAGUAAAGGACAACAUGGAGUGAUUGUGGGCAAAGGAAAUGUCAAGACACAAGGAGAGGCAGACAACAUGCAAGGACCUGGCCAGAAACCAGAACCUGGAAAUAAGGUUGAACACAACAAAACAAGUAGCGACAGUAAUAGUGCUGGAUAUGAUAGUUAUGAGUUUGAUGAUGAAUCCAUGCAAAGAGACGAUCCCAAUAGCAGUGAUGAGUCUAAUGGUGAUGGUGAUUCCAAUUCUGAAGGUGACAAUGACAGCAGUAGCCAAGAAGAUGCUUCUUAUAACUCUGAUGAAUCAAAAGAUAAUGGCAAUGACAGUGACUCAAAAGGAGAAGGAAAUGAUGACAGUGAUAGCACAUCCGAUGCUAAUGAUAGUGACAGUAAUGGCAGUGAUAACAAUGGAAGUGAUGAUGAAAGCAGAUCAGACAACAGUAAAGAUAAAUCAGACAGCAGUGACAACAGUGACAGCAAAUCAGAUAGUAGCAACAGUAGUGACAAUAAAUCAGAUAGCAGUGACAGCAGCGACAGCAGCGAUAGCAGUGACAGCAGCGACAGCAGCGAUAGCAGCGACAGCAGCGAUAGCAGUGACAGCAGCGACAGCAGUGACAGUGACAGCAAAUCAGACAGUAGUGAUAGCAGUGACAGCAGUGAUAGCAGUGACAGCAAAUCAGACAGCAGUGACAGCAGUGACAGCAGUGACAGUAGUGAUAGCAGUGACAGCAGUGAAAGCAAUGACAGCAGUGACAGCGACGAAAACAGCAACAGUGCAUCUGACAGCAGUGAUGAAAGUGACAGCAACAGCAAUGGCAACAACGGUAAUGGCAACAAUGGAAGUGAUAGUGACAGUGAUAGUGACAGUAACGGCAGUGACAGUCAUCACUCGACCAGCGAUGAUUAG